UUGUGACCACUUCGCUUUAUGUCGGCGUAUCGCUUUUCGUCAUUCGACAUGUGAGCGUCUGUCCAUACAAUGGGCUUGAUCUGCCCUGUCUCCUUUUAUCUACUUCGUCUCCAAGCUAUCAGUAACUACGCCAUUAAAGUUAGGUCCCAAUACGGCAGAUAUGUGUCAAGCGUGGAGGUACACCUUCACAUGCGGACACCAGAGCGGAGAGAAGUGGUACGACCCUGAGAACGCCGAGGAUUGCCCAGAGGCGGUGCGUGCCAAUCGUCGUCACAGGCAAUAUGGAACGCUAUUGCGCUGUAGCCCCUUAUCGACUGCAUCCGUGUCGACGCAAGGUGUUUGUUCGAGGGACAAAUGCUAUGCCAAGGAGUACCUCAUACCCUACGGUUGGUGGUGUCAUUAUUGUGGUUACAUGAACAAUGCAGGGGUAAAGCAUUGUGCAAAUCCUCAGGCCGGUCUCAAUCAAGGGCCAUGCCGGCACAACCCUUGUCAUCACUGUCAAGUAGAUGACCCUGCCCAAUAAUAAUCAGCAAACUAUCUUGAUAACAUCACGAUAGAUAGCACACGCUUGCCAAAUGCCUUCCGUCUCCUGUCGCGCAAGUCUGAGCCUUCGCCAUUUAGACUCUGCGUGCCGAGCCGCCAAGUCCAUCCCAGCAUAACGCGGCUUCAGGCCUCGACAGCUAGGCUAUCAUUGACUAAGACGUCG